CUCUUAUACAUACUCUUGUCUCAGACCUCAAAUAAAGAAUAAACACAUAACACAAAUCUAAUCUCAUACUCCAUCUUCUUUUCUGUCUUAUGUCUUCAAAGAUUGGUAUGUCUCAAGUUAGAGAUACUCCGGUUAAAUUGUUUGGCUGGACAAUUACACCGGUUUCUCAUGAUCCAUACUCUUCUUCGUCCCAUGUUCUUCCUGAUUCUUCCUCGUCUUCCUCGUCUUCUUCUCUAUCACUUCGACCACACAUGAUGAAUAACCAAUCUGUUACUGACAAUACAAGUCUUAAGCUGUCAUCUAAUCUUAACAACGAGUCAAAAGAAACAUCUGAGAACAGUGAUGACCAACACAGCGAGAUCACAACAAUUACAUCGGAAGAAGAGAAAACAACUGAACUGAAGAAACCAGACAAGAUUCUUCCAUGUCCGAGAUGCAACAGCGCAGACACCAAAUUCUGUUACUACAACAACUACAACGUUAACCAGCCACGUCACUUCUGUAGAAAAUGCCAGAGGUAUUGGACCGCUGGUGGAUCCAUGAGGAUCGUCCCGGUUGGCUCAGGCCGUCGCAAGAACAAGGGAUGGGUUUCUUCAGACCAGUACCUGCACAUCACUUCCGAGGAUACUGACAAUUACAAUAGCUCCUCAACAAAGAUUCUAAGCUUCGAGUCUUCGGACUCUUUGGUAACUGAGAGGCCUAAGCAUCAAUCAAACGAAGUGAAGAUAAACGCUGAACCUGUUUCACAAGAACCCAACAACUUCCAAGGGUUACUUCCUCCCCAAGCAUCCCCUGUUUCGCCUCCUUGGCCUUACCAAUACCCUCCAAACCCUAGUUUCUACCACAUGCCCGUCUACUGGGGCUGCGCGAUACCGGUUUGGUCUACCCUCGACACUUCUACAUGUCUUGGGAAAAGGACAAGAGACGAAACUUCUCAUGAAACUGUUAAAGAGAGUAAAAAUGCUUUUGAGAGAACAAGCUUGCUUUUGGAAUCUCAGAGCAUCAAAAAUGAAACAAGUAUGGCUACAAAUAACCAUGUGUGGUAUCCAGUACCGAUGACCCGCGAGAAGACACAAGAAUUCAGCUUUUUCAGUAAUGGAGCUGAAACAAAGAGCAGCAACAACAGAUUCGUCCCUGAAACGUAUCUUAACCUGCAAGCAAACCCUGCAGCCAUGGCAAGAUCUAUGAACUUCAGAGAGAGCAUAUAACGUUAAAGGAGAAAAGAAACUUUGUAGAUACCUUUUUUUGUGUGAUGAAUUAACUUUUAAUAUCUAUCUUAUUUAUAUACCACAAUCCCCAUUUUGUAGAUUAUCCAAACAGAUGGAAAUGCUGAAGUGUAAUGUCUUUUUUGGUAAAUGUGGUUCGAAAAUAUUGUUUACUC